GUUCGAUUGCAAUAAUGCGCAACGUUUUCACAAAGGCGUUUAAGAUGUUUUGCAACGCUUUCGAUUUAGUCAUCCAAAAAUAAAUGAAAAGGAAGUAGCGUGGUGGCUGACACACAUUUGCAAACACACGCUGCUACUGAACCUCUUUUUCUAAAAACGUUUUCCCACGUUUGGACUGCGCUGAACACGACCCCAGGUAUCACAUUUCAAAGGGACAACAAAAGAGAAGAAUUGUCCAGCGGCGAGAUUAAGGACACUGAAGCUCACUGCAGGCAGCAGAUGUGCGCUCGCAGGACUCCGGUUCUUCCGAAAGGCAAUCAUGGCAGUGAACGUCCCUGGACUGGUGGCUGUGGUGGUUUUUUAUAUUGUCAUCCUGGUAAUUGGGAUCUGGGCAUCUCGAAAAUCCAAGAAAGUGGAGAAGACAUUUGCUGGCAGCAAGAGCGAAGUUACUAUGGUUGGAGGCCGCAACAUCAAUGUCCUGGUUGGGGUUUUCACCAUGACAGCAACAUGGGUUGGUGGAGGUUACAUUAUGGGAACUGCUGAGGCUGUUUAUUCUCCUACUCAAGGUCUCAUCUGGGCUAUGGGGCCUCCUGCAUAUAUUAUCAAUUUUCUUUUGGGAGGAUUGUUUUUUGCAAAACCUAUGAGGUCGAAGCGGUAUGUGACCAUGUUGGACCCAUUUCAGUAUCGCUAUGGCAACAUGUUCACUGCAACACUACUGCUUCCUGCUUUGGUCAGUGAUAUUUUGUGGGUAGCCUGCAUCCUUGCUGCUCUUGGAGGAACGAUGAGCAUAAUUCUUGAGCUGUCGUCUGCCCUCUCCAUCAUUCUCUCGGCAGCCGUCUCCAUCAUCUACACAUUUUUAGGAGGCCUCUACUCUGUUGCAUAUACUGAUAUCAUCCAGCUUUCUUUCAUCUUUGUCAGCCUGUUUCUCUGUAUUCCUUUUUUGCUACUCAGUCCUGCAGUUACUGACAUCUCACAAACAGUCCACCUCAACCAAACAAAUGUAAACUCAUGGAUAGGAGAGUUGAAGCUGGCAGAUGCAGGAAAAUGGGCGGAUGAAAUGCUGUUAUUGGCUUUGGGGGGACUGGCCUAUCAAGCUCUAUACCAGAGGAUCCUCUCCGCAGCUUCCUCUGCUCAGGCUCAGGUCACAUGUUUUGCUGCUGCCGGGACAGUUUUUAUUAUGGGAAUCCCUUCCGUUGUCAUUGGAGCGGUGGCUGCCUCUGCAGACUGGAACCAGACAGCGUAUGGUCUACCCCCUCCUUUUGAACGAGGGGAGGCAGGAAAGAUCCUGCCACUGGCCCUGCAAUACCUCACACCCACCUGGUUAUCAGUGUUAGGCAUUGGUUCUGUGGCUGCAGCAGUUAUGUCCUCAGUGGACUCUGUACUGCUGUCCUCAGCAUCCAUGUUCACACAAAACAUAUACAAGACGACUUUGAGGAAGCAGGCCUCGGAGCGAGAGCUGCAGCGGGUGAUCCGUGUUAGCGUGCUGCUGGUAGGCCUGGCGGGAAUGGGUCUGGCCUUUGAUGACGACAGUGUGUUCGCCCUCUGGCUGCUGAGUGGGGACCUCCUCUACUGCGUGAUUCUCCCACAGCUCGUCUGCGUGCUGCACUUCAGCUGUGCUAAUAUCUACGGUGCUAUUAGCGGCUAUGUAGUGGGACUGCUGCUGCGUGGGCUGAGCGGGGAGCCAGUGCUGGGGAUCCCACCUAUCCUCCUGUACCCUGGCUGGAGGGAGGAGGACGGAGUUAUCACACAAUACUUUCCCUACAGGACUCUGGCCAUGCUUUGCUCUGUGAUAUCUAUUAUUGCAGUGUCCAAGCUGGCGGAGCUAGGCUUCUGUCACCAACUAGUUCCGCAGUCCUGGGAUUUACUAGGGGCGUUUGAAGAGAAAAAAGAGGCAGAGGAGGAGGAGGAGGAGGAGGUUUCUGUUCCUCAGGAGAAAAAUAACAGUAUCCUUAAUACAAAACUGUAGACUUAAAUUUAGUACAACCUCAGCCAAAGUAUAUACAAACUUCUUUUUAUGCAACUUUUUUACCAACCUUCUUCUCCGCACAGACGAUUUACGCACACUCUUAUAUUAUGUGUAUACUGCACAUGUUGAAUACAGAAGUAUAUGCUUUAUAUGCACAGACCUCUGACCAGCAGUAUAUUGAGAGUGAUUCAGGGAGGCAGUGGAGACAUGGUAGGUGUCUCUUUGUAACAGAACAAACGCCACACAUGAAGACCUCAAGAUUCUGAUCUUAAUGUCAGAAUUCACAUGGUCCUGAUCCUCUUAAAAUGAACCUCUUUCCUAAAUCCUUAAUCACAGUUAACAUUUUCAUAGUUUCUUAAUCUAGUCCACUCAAUCCUGUUCAGUAAAUUAUUCUCAACCCAGUUGGUGUUAUUUAAUUGUGUAAUUUCUGAGAAGUAGUUUAGCCUCUUUGCAUAUAUUAAGCACUGAAGGGACAAAGCAGUGCUGUUGCAAUACUUGAGAUGCUGUGGUUGAGUGUUCCUCAGAAACAAAGAAUCCAGCAGGAAUUACCUGUUGAUAGAUGUAUUUACCAUUAUGUUAUGUUUUAAAGGGAUCAUCAAUGAAGGACCAUCAAGAUAUAGAAUUCCAAUUACUAUUUUUAAAGAUGUUUUGUGAUUUCAAGUGUUCAUAAAAAUGAAACAGUCUGUUUCUAAUCUUUGCAUCUGAUGGAAUCUGUGUCUUUUAAUGUGUAUUUGUGUGUAAAAGAGAUUUAAAAAAGACUAAAACUGGUACCUAAACACAAGCUAUAUACUCUAAUUGUUACAUAAAUUGCUGCAUAUAGGGUACACUAUUUUGCUACGUUACCUUUAAAAAAACAACGCACUUUUUGUCACCUGCAGCCUUUAAUUACACCAACCAAAAGUAUUCCCCUUUGUUGCCUUUAGAGCAGGGCCGGCACAAGGUUCCAUUUGGCCCACCGGAUGAUUUGAAAUUAAAUCGAUGAUUAUUAUUUUUCAGAAUUUGAGCACAGCGAUUAACAAUCUGAGCCGAUCUGUGGCUUUUAAUGGACGGAUUUUGAGAGUGCACAAUUGCCCGCAAGAAUUACGGCCUGGUAGCCUGGUUCAGCGAGUUAAAUUCAGAACUUGUUAUCUUGUUUGCUUUUGACCCAUGGCCCAUCAUUAAGUUUCAGUUGUGGCCCCCCUGCUUCAGAGCAAUGCUGUGACUUAGUAUUUGACAUACACCCUAACCACAGUUCAACUGCAAUUCCACCUUUGUGGCAGCAGAGGGUGACACCUAAACAGUGAAGGGGGCUCAAGAGUCUUAACCGGACCGGAAUCUCACGAGAUGGUGCCCCGCCCCACACACACACCACAUAAAUUAUGUUUUAAAAACCGCAUGCUCGCUCCUUUCACAUGCUGCUUCGCUCGUUGCGCAAUUCAGAGUUAGUAAUGAAGCUUCGAGAGCAUUCAUUAUAAAUGAACAGGACUGGUUUGAAGUAAAAUAAUGCUUUUCUGGUGUAUUUUAUGGCAAUAUAUUAAACGAAAGUGAUAUGUCAACAUUUCUUUAAAUUUUAAAUUAGUGUAGAGAAGGUAGUGGUAGAGUUCACUUAAAGAUUCGUUUCAUUCAAUGUUUUUUUUUUUUUUUGCCAUAAUCACAACACCCCUUUAAUUUUAAGUUUUAAAUUACUAGUUACAAUAAAAAGAAAUCGUUUUUAUAAUAAAAUGGUAUGGGAACUCCCACACGGUAAACAUUUAGGUGAAUAGCAGACAGUAAUUAAAAACAAUUUUACAGUCUAUACAUCAAAAACUUAUCUGAAAUGAAAAAAACAAAAAGUUGAAUUGUAUUUCUUAGUGUCUCUUAUUGUCGGAGAAAUGCACCUUAAUGGCCGGUGAUGUUUGACAGUGACAUUAUAAACUUGCAUCCAGGAUCAAACGGGCUUCACAAUGAAUAGCGACGCCCAUUGCACACUGUGUUGUCACUGCUGCAUGUAUGGGAUGAAUGAACGCUGAGGGCAGUGCUGGUACUGUAGUCCUCUCUUGAAUGAAGGCUCCAUGUCAGGUUUUACUUUGGGCCUGUGACGAUGCUAUGCAGUUUAACCUAUGGUACAGCUCCAGUGCACAAAAUAGACUUCGUAGGUUUGAACAUUGUUGACUCCAGAGGCAAGAAGUCUUAUUAUCUAAAAAAAAAAAAAGAAAGAAAAAAGAAAGAAAAAAACAUUAUUAAGAGCGAUUUUUGUUUAAUUGAUUAAGGAGGAAUUAUUCCUAUUUGAAAUACAAAACAACACAAUGGGAGGGAACAGUUAAUACAUCUCUAAAUGAAAUUGACUGUUAGUGUAACCAUUUCCCCCUUAAUACUGCAGUUAUUUUUUAUGUUCAGAAUAAUAAUAUAUUUUAAAAUCUAAUGGAAGAGCUACUAAAAGAAAGUGGAGAAUCCCAUAAUAGAUGCAUAAGUGCCCCAGAAACAUACAUAUCACAUCACAAAUACAGUAUUCAAAGUCUCCAUCACUUGCAACCAACUGUAUUUACAAAAGAAAUGCAAGUAUGGCCUUUGAUGAGUAUUAAUCCAUGCUUUACCCUCAGUUUGUUCUGACCACACUGAUUUAUUCCCUCUGAAAACCACCAGUCGUUUAAAAGCAACGUGAACAUGUUAACUUAUUAUAAUAAUAUGUAUUCAUUACAAGGAGUCACUACACCUUUUGUCGCCUGUUCACCUUUAUUAUGGACAAUAUUAUCUGUAUAACAUGUCAUAAAAAUAUUGUCAUAUAACACACUUCUGUUCAAAUGUAACUAAUUUUAAGCUUUUUUGUUUCACAUUGAUUGCACAUGCACAUGCUUCUUUUUGUUUUUCAUAUGAAAAAAAAUGUAAUAAAAUUGAGCAAA